CGUAAACAGCGCUUCAGAGCGGAGCUAACCGUCCGGCGGAGCAGUGCUGAAUUCAGCGCCUAGCUUUUUGUUUUCGCGGCUAACCGGCGUUUUAGGCUAUAAAGUUAUUUCUUUCCAACUUCAGCUACAGUGAUAGCUAAGUUUGGAAAGGGGAAAAGGGAGAAACGCCGUGUCUUUUUUUGUGUUUGUGUCGCUGUCGGCAGUAAGAUGCAGUGGUAGCCGGGGGUCGACCUCCUUUAACAUUACAUGACAAAAGAGAAGACAGCGUAGAGCAAACAAAAAGCAAUAUUCUCUUGUUUAUUUUUGACAUUUGGACAGCUUUAAAAUGGAUAACUCUGAACCUAAAAAGACAUGCUGUGAAUCUGUCCGAGACUUCUUCACUUCCGCUAAAUUCCUUAUUUACAUGGGACAUGCUCUGUCAACAUGGGGCGACCGUAUGUGGAACUUUGCCGUGGCUGUUUUCCUGGUGGAGCUGUAUGGGAACAGCCUGCUGCUCACGGCCGUGUAUGGGCUGGUGGUGGCGGGCUCCGUGCUGCUGCUGGGGGCCAUCAUUGGGGACUGGGUGGACAGAAAUCCCAGACUCAAAGUGGCCCAGACUUCGCUGCUCGUUCAGAACAGUUGCGUCAUCGUGUGUGGGGUCCUCCUGAUGGUUGUUUUCCAGUUCAAAGAACAGCUUGUGGAGCUUUACAAUGGAUGGAUUCUGACCACCUGCUACAUAAUGGUGAUAACCAUCGCCAACAUCGCCAACCUAGCCAGCACAGCUACAUCCAUCACCAUCCAGAGGGACUGGGUGGUGGUUGUGGCAGGUCAGGACAGCAGCAAGUUGGCAGACAUGAAUGCCACAGUACGGAUUAUCGACCAGCUGACCAACAUCCUGGCUCCCAUGCUGGUGGGUCAGAUAAUGGCCUUUGGCUCCAAUUUCAUUGGCUGCGGCUUCAUCUCAGGCUGGAACCUGUGCUCCAUGUGUCUGGAGUACGCACUGCUGUGGAAGGUCUACCAGAAGACGCCGGCGUUGGCUGUGAAAGCCGGCCAGAAGGAACAGCAACAUGAGCUCAAACAGCUCAGCCCCCCGAAAGACCUGGAGAACGGCCAGAGUCCUGAGGAGUUGUCUCAGCCGCUGAUGAAUGAAACCUCGGUCGUGGCCAAGCCCGACUCUCCCAAGCAGCACGGCUGUUGCUACCAGGUGAGCGAACCACUGCGCACCUUCAAGGCCGGCUGGGUGGCCUACUACAACCAGAACAUCUUCUUCGCCGGCAUGUCCCUGGCUUUCCUCUACAUGACGGUGCUGGGCUUCGACUGCAUCACAACGGGCUACGCCUACACGCAGGGCCUCAACGGCUCGGUGCUCAGCCUGCUGAUGGGGGCCUCGGCCGUGUCGGGCAUCUGCGGCACUGUCGCCUUCACUUGGGUUCGCAAGAAGUGCGGCCUGAUCCGCACAGGCUUCAUUUCAGGCACGGCCCAGCUGUCCUGCCUCAUGCUGUGCGUUGCCUCUGUCUUUGCUCCCGGGAGCCCCUUCGACCUCAGCGUCUCGCCCUUCGAGGACAUUUACACCCACCUGAUUGGAGAGAAGGCGCUGCCCGAGGCCGACCACAGCCUCACCAGCGUUCUUACCGGUGGAAAUGCCACUACUGCUGCACCAGAUGAAGAGCUGCCGCCUCUGCAGUCCUACAUGUCUGUUAGUCUGCUGUUCGCUGGCGUCAUUGCUGCUAGAUUUGGCCUGUGGUCUUUUGACCUGACAGUGACCCAGCUCAUCCAGGAGAAUGUGAUAGAGUCGGAGCGAGGUGUGAUCAGUGGCGUCCAGAACUCCAUGAAUUACCUCUUAGACCUGCUGCACUUCAUCAUGGUGAUUCUGGCUCCGAACCCGGAGGCCUUCGGCCUGCUGGUCAUCAUCUCUGUCUCCUUCGUGGCCAUGGGUCACAUCAUGUACUUUGGGUUUGCCUUCAAGAGCCUGGGCAGCCGCCUCUUCCUCUGCUGCUCGCCGGAACAGAAGGUGGAGAAUGUAGACAGCCCCUCACUUCCUACCAUCGUCUAACCGCAUUAAAGAGACUGUCCUGGGCAGUGUUGGGGGUAACGCUUUACAAAAUGAACGCGUUACAGUAAUAUAUUACUUUUAGCAGUAACAAUUAUUAUGUAAAGUAAUGCGUUGCCACCCAAAAUUAAGUGUUUUUUUUAAGAAUUCAUCCACAGUGCGCCACCAGAAAAAAUAUCCUCAGAAGAAUCUCGUUGCCAAAAUUCGAUGGCUGAGAUGGCUGCGGAGUCAGACUCUACGUUUUCAAUAUUGGGCAUAUUCCCAUUACUUUCAGUUUAUCAAAGAAAAGGACAAGAACAUAAUAGUCAAGUGCAAUCUAUGUCUAAGGAAGCCGAGGGAACGCUCUACAGCGAGAAAUAACACAAGUAACCUGAAAUAUAUUUAUCCCUAACUCCUAAUUGAUCAGACUUUGAUCCUUUGUCUGCCUGCCCAUGCCUGUGUCCAAGGCUGUUCGUUUAUUGAAAAAGGUCUAGGCUAUUUAAUUGUUCUAUAUCAUCACACUAUUGUUAAUAUAAGCAAUUUUAAUACAAAGUGGUAACCACUGCAUGUGAAUGCAUUAAUGGGCCAGAUCUGCGCUGCAGAGGAGAGCCUUCAUCAGGCUAUACAAUAUCUCCCACCACUGGAUCUGUAAUGAACUGCAAUAAACUUGAGCCUCUGUGCUUUGAUUACCCGCUAUGAAACAACCCAUUUUAUAAUGCCUGGUCAUACUUCUGCGGUUAUUUUGGUGGAAGUAACGCAUUACUCUACACAGUAAUAUUGUAAAGUAACUUAUUACUUUCAAAUGAAAGUAACUAGAAAUAUGUAAUAUAUUACAGUUUGAAAGUAACGUCCCCAACACUGGUCCUGGGUACAUAUUUCUCAAGCCUCGCCCUAACCCCUGCAUCCUAUUUAUCUAACUAACAUCUUUGCUUGUAGCUGGCAGAAUGCUAAUGCUAAGCUAAACCAGAGAAAGGUUACUAUGCUAUACAUACCAUUAAUAAAGCAUUAAUCAUUAGCACAAGGAGGUGAGUAGAAAGCUUACAGCCAUAGAAAAGUAAUCCAUAGUAAAACUUUAGAUAAGGCAGAGUUUCUUUAACCUUUUCAGCCUGGGAGUCAGAUGAGAGCCUCAGCCUCUCAUGUGUGGGUGCAUGCUCUUUGAUACAUAGAUGUACUGUCAAACAAGGAUCCAUCACUUCUAGGCUUGUGACCCCAGUGUGGGUCCUGUUAAAGAAGUCAGGGGAUAAGGCACUGUAAAAUAUUCUCCUCCUAACAGCCUGGAUCUAGCUGUAAAGAUUUUUAAAAGGUGCUUCAGCUAACUGAGGGCAAAAUGAGGGAGAAAUCUUGCAGGGAAGCAGGCACUGAGGCUUGAAUUAAGGGUGACGACAGAACGUCCCCCAUUUUCUGACACUUGCCUCUCAGUGACUUCAUUGGUGCUGUAGCUGUGUCUGCUAGCUGUUCUCUGAUAGCCUACUCUUGUUUGUGUCAGCUUACAUAUACAUGUAUGAUGAGAAGGUUCCUCCAGAGGGGGGAAGAUACUUUUUAUUUAACCAAACACAAAACUGGGAUCUAGUCUCUUUAAUACGAGGUUAUGUAGGGUUAUGCAAUUAACUGUAUUUAUUCAGGAAAUACAGACGGUGGUUUUUAUAAUAAUUGUAUCAUCAGUAUUGUGUUGUGCCAUUCCUCGCGGUUGUGCCAUAAGAAAAAAAGAGAAAUCCUAUGCACCCUUCUCAAUAGCUCUCUCAGUUACCAAAGUCAAAGUCCAUAUGUGGCAUAAAAGGGAGAGAGGAAAACCAGUUAUCUGUCUGAAGCAUUCCAAAUAUAUAUUUUUACAUCAGGUGUCAGUAGUUUUGUAGGUUUGCUAAUGCUUUCAUACACCCCUAGUAUAUCUGAAUAUUUCUAACCCACUCUGAGAUUGUACGGAAAUUUAGUUUUUCUGGUAUAUAGUUAAUAGUGUUAUUUUUGUGGGGAUUGUGGUUAAAAAAGGCACAUAUCGCAACUCAGCACCACAUGAACUGUACCAGUUCCUGUAAAAAAAAAAAGUCAGAAUACCCCAGAUACCCCCAUUUCCUCAAAAAGUCAGCCAGUUAGGCUUAGCCAGCACCCCUUAUCUGAUCUCAGUUUACCGCUUCAGACUGCCAACAGACUCUGGACCUGGACUGAGUCAGGGUUUUUAGUUUUUACUGCUGUGAGCUUCAACUGAGGUGGAAACAUUCUACUCAAGUCAAAGUUCUCACACUUACGUUGAUAUCUUUAGCUUUAUAGUACUAGUCUAGAAAAUGUAUUUCAAUAGUAUCGCAUGAAAGUUUGUGGCUUUUAUGCAUGCUAUUUUUCCCUUGAAGAGAGUUUCUAAGUAUAAGAGUGUCUCCAAAAACAGUUUAAAAUCACAAGACAUUCGGAAAGUGCUACGUAAGGCUAUGUAACUUUUUCUGCUAAAACAUAAUGUAACGGAGAAGAGUCAUAGGGUCAUCAGACUGGUUACACAGCAAUAUCUAUCUAAAGUUUACUAACAUUAGCCACAUAAGCUACUGGUCAUACCAGACCCAGUAAGGCUGUAGCAGCAAAACCCCUGAGUGUGUUGAACUAAGCAAGGCUGUGUUUUAUUGCUUAUGAAUUCAACUUUUCAUUUGUAAACAGAAUAAUGUGUUAUUUCGUCUUUCAGAAAUGACAUAAUCUCACUUUAAAGCUCAUAAAGUAACUAAUGUAACUAGCUCCUUUCCACCUCUGACCUUCGGUGAUUUCUGUCGCCUUAUUGUAAAUUAGCCGUGACAGCUGUUAAACGCACACGUGGCUACAUCGAGACAAGUUAUUAGCCGCACCCAACCCAUAAAAAAUCUAGCCAAGAUUUUGGUAAUGUGGGGGGGGGGGUAUUUAGGUUGGAAACAGAGGUAGCCGCACCAGAUGUAGGAGAACAGAAGGCCACUUUUUAGCCGCACAUUCCCAUGAAACCUGGUGGAGGCCGUGGUGGUGAGUCAGGUCUGCAGGUGUGCCCAGAUGUGCAGACUCACUAGGAAUGGAGCUUAACUUUUAUGUUGAUUGUAACCUCACACUGAGUCUGGGGAAGACUGAGUGUGAGGAAACCAGCUCUGACAAAGGUUGGUCUGCUGAUUCAGGAAUAUCACACGUGGCCAUAACUCUAUAUUUUUAAUGUAAAUACCAUUAGCUGUCAGUCAAAAUAAACGUACUUAAAAAUACAAAAAAAUAUAUUGUGUAUUCAUGCUGUUUGUCUGGAAAUAUUGCCUUUUUUUAUUUUACAUGUUGUAUAUACUUAGUGUUAACGUUUUGUGUCAAAUUGGGGUUUCUUAAAGAUUUUUGAAUUUGUGUAUAGAGCAAUUACUGCAUUUCAUUUGAAUACAUCUGUAUCAUACUGCUUUAUUCUGACUAUAUAUAUAUAUAUAUAUAUAUAUAUAUAUCAGUGUUAUUGUAGUUCAAUAGACAAAAACAUUCAAUCAUAAAGAAAUUAUUCAUUUUUAUGUAAUAAUCACACUCCACUGAAUAUAAGGACGUUGGUACUGCUUGUAUUGCAUGAGGUCUCCUAAAUAAAUAAAAGCUUUACAAUC